AUGUCAGAAAAGUUGAUUACAAAAAAACUUAAUUUUGAAAGCAAAGCUAAAUCCUCGAAUCAAAAAACAAGAUUUCUCAAUGAUAAGGAAGAGAGUGAGCAUCCACCUUAGAUGAGAAAUGCAUAACGAUUUUUGUAAUUACAUUUUGAUAUCAAGAAAGUCGAAAACCAAAAGCAACAUAAGAGAUGAUCGUUCUUCCUUAGCCAACUAUUUAAUAUGGAUAACCAGUAAUAAAAUAAAAUAAAGAUUAAUUUAGUAUGUUCCAAAACCGACUCCUAUACCUGAGGCAAUAAAAUAGAUAGAUAAAAAAAUAAAGGCCUAUCGUAGAGUGAUGGAGAGAGAAAGAUAAGAGAAAUUAUAAAGGGAAUUAUAGGAAUAGUAAAAAUAGAAUGAGAAUGAAGAGGAGAUGAAAAGAACCUUAGAUUUUAUGACAAAUCCUUAGAUAGUUGAUUAAAAAGAAGAGGAAGAGGCAUAAUAAUUAGAAGUAGAAGAAGAUUAACAAUUUUUUGAUGAGGAAUCUAGAUUAUAAGAAGAAAAACCAAGAGCAAAAAUUAAGAGUGAAAAAAUAUCCUACUAAGAAGCAGUAAAAAAGAGAGAAGAAAUUUAUGAUCAUACACUUCAAAGAAUGUAUGAGAAAAGAUAGAAUCCAUUAUUAUUUGCAGUAAGAAAGAAUCAUUUAUUAAGAGAAAUUCAAGAAGAAACCUCCUAUUUUAAAUAUAACAUCAAAAAAUAAAAUAACAAAAGGGAAUGGUAAAUUAGAUCCUGAAGAACAUAAGUUGAGAGUGUUUAAUAGAGAGAAUGUUCCAACUAUGCCAGAUUUAAUUAUUCCUUCAUUUACAAUAAAGAAGGAUUAGAUGGCUAAAAAUAUACUUGCUUAUUUAGUAAUUUACUUUUUAAUUCAAAUAGAAAGAAUAUACUCCAUUAUUCCGUGGAUUUAAGAAUUAUGAAUAUCCAAAAUGUGUCUAAAAUAUUCUUUAAGAAGAGAUAGACUAACUGCCUAAAUAAUGA